GGCGCGAAGCUGUCCGUCCCUGGGCUGAAAGUAAAGCCUUGCGUGACCGUAAAAUAAAGCGCAUCCAGAAGGCAGGUGCGUCCUCUGGCGCCCCAAGAAGUCCGCCCGGGAACCGCGGAUGAAUGAAGGGACCCAGGAGUCUGGCCCACGCUGGCCAACCUCCGCUCCGAACUCUGCGCUUCGACUCGGCGGGCCGAGAGCGACUCCUGGUCCAUGCGCUGAGCUGGCUUCGGAUCGCGUCAGCCGCAAGUGCGUGUCCGGGCGGCCCGGGGACGGUAAGGUCUUAGGAACAGAUGAGGAUAAUAUGGGGGAUGGUUGCUCUCAGAAACUGGCUUCUGCCAAGUUCUUUCGACUUUUGCUCCUGAUACUGAUUCCGUGCAUCUGUGCCCUUAUCCUUUUGCUGGUGAUCCUGCUUACCUUUGUAGGAGUAUUAGAAAAAACAUGCUUUUUUUCAAAUGGAAGUGAGGGCCUCACAGCUAAUGGUGACUUUGAGACCUCUGAUGAUCUUUUGCCAAACAUGGUUGAAAAUAGUUCCAAGACUGGUCCCACAGUGGAUCUCAGCACACAGCCCUCUUCCUGGACCACCACGCCUUUAUCCCACGCUGACCAAAUGAACAAGGACUCUGAUACACUUAGAGAGUCUUUCCAGGAAAAUUCUUUUGCUCUCCCAACRCAAGCCACAGCACUCAAUCAUCAGCCUGCCUAUGACACUGCUUUGCCAGAGGGCUCUGAAAACAACACCCAGUUGUUUGCCACUGCAGAGGAGGUGACUUGGUGGUCUACAGAUGCUUCUUUUAACAACACAGAGAGGAUGACCACUCUGCCAAUAUUAAGUCCUACCCGUCCAUCUGCAUCACAAAACAUGGGUCAUAAAAAAAGUGCCUGCAUAAAUAUCACCAACAGCCAGUGCCAAAUGCUGCCAUAUAACUACACCACUGUGACUUCAGUUCUUUCCAUUGUCAAGAGUAUUGAAAUGGAAAAGUUCCUGAAGUUCUUCAGUUAUCUCAAUCGUCUCAACUGCUAUCAACACAUCAUGCUGUUUGGCUGUAGUCUUGCUCUUCCUGAAUGCAUCAGUGACAAUGAUGACAGUCGAGGCCUCUUGCCCUGCAGGACAUUUUGUGAGGCAGCAAAAGAAGGCUGUGAACCAGUCCUGGGUAUGGUAAAUGCUUCUUGGCCAGACUUCCUGAAGUGCUCUCAAUUCCAAAACAAAACUGAGAAUGACACCACUACAAGGGUAUGCUUCUCACCACACCAAGAAAAAGGAAAGCAGUCACUGUGUGGAGGAGAGGAGAGUUUCUUGUGUGCCAGUGGGAUCUGCAUCCCAGGGAAACUCCAGUGUAAUGGCUACAAUGACUGUGAUGAUUGGAGUGAUGAGGUCCAUUGCAACUGCAGUAAUGAUGUAUUUCGUUGUGACACGGGAAAAUGCCUCAAUUAUACCUUUGUUUGUGAUGGAUAUGAUGACUGUGGAGACCUUAGUGAUGAACAAAAUUGUGAUUGUAAUCCAAUGACACAUCAUCAGUGUGGAGAUGGGAGAUGUAUAACAGCUGACUGGGUAUGUGACGGUGACCAUGACUGUAUAGACAAAUCAGACGAGAUCAAUUGCUCAUGUCACAGUCAGGGUCUGGUGGAGUGCAGAAAUGGGCAGUGCAUUCCUAGUGCAUUCCAAUGUGAUGGAGAUAAUGACUGUAAAGAUGGMAGUGAUGAAGAAAACUGCAGUCAAAAUCAAACCUUCUGUCAGGAGGGAGACCAGAGGUGCUCUUCCUGCCCUGAUCCCUGUGGAACUUCUCUCUGUGAGAUGAGAAACAACCAGGCAAACUGCAGUCAGUGUGAGCCAAUUACUCUGGAACUUUGUAUGAACUUGCCUUACAACUAUACCUAUUACCCAAACUACCUGGGCCACAGGACACAGAAGGAAGCCUCUAUCAGCUGGGAGUCUUCCCUUUUCCCAGCGUUGGUUCAGACCAACUGCUACAAAUACCUGAUGUUUUUUGCCUGUACAAUCUUAGUACCAAAAUGUGACCCCCACACAAAUCAGCGGAUCCCACCUUGCAGGACGUUAUGUGUGCAGUCUAAGGAACGCUGUGAGGCUGUGCUUGGGAUUGUAGGUCUGCAAUGGCCAGAGGACACAGACUGCACUCAGUUUCCAGAUGAGAACUCAGACAACCAAACUUGUCUAACACCAGAUGAAGGUGUAGAAGAGUGCUCACCCAGUCACUUCAAGUGCCGUUCUGGGAGGUGUGUCCUGGCAUCCAGAAGAUGUGAUGGUCAAGCUGACUGUGAUGAUGAUAGUGACGAGGACAGCUGUGGCUGUACAGAAAGGGGUCUUUGGGAGUGUCCUUUGAAGAAGCUGUGCAUCAAACACACUAUGAUUUGUGAUGGUUUCCCAGACUGCCCUGACAUGAUGGAUGAAAAGAAUUGCUCAUUUUGUAAAGAGAGCGAACUUGAAUGUGCCAACCAUGAAUGUGUGCCUCGUGAGCUCUGGUGUGAUGGGCAGGCAGACUGCAGUGACAGCUCAGAUGAAUGGGACUGUGUUACUCUGUCUAAAAACACAAAUUCCUUGAUGUUCCUGACCAUUCACAGGUCAGCUGCUGCUAACCAUGUUUGUGCUGAUGAGUGGCAAGAAAACUUAAGCCAGCUGGCCUGCAAUCAGAUGGGUUUAGGAGGACCAUCCAAAACAGAAAUUGUAAUAGAGAAUGAGAAAAUGCAGGACCAGAAAUGGCUGAACCUGCACUCAGACUGGAAGAAUAAGAAUGCAUCCACUUUACACGCACUUCUAGUGAAUGGACAGACGUGUCAAAGCAGAAGUAAAGUGGCUCUCUUUUGCACUAAAGAAGACUGUGGCCGCCGCCCCGCCGCCCGCAUGAGCAAGAGGAUCCUCGGGGGCCGCACCAGCCGCCCGGGCCGCUGGCCAUGGCAGUGCUCCCUGCAGAGUGAGCCCAGCGGACACAUCUGUGGCUGUGUGCUCAUCGCAAAGAGAUGGGUCCUGACAGUCGCACACUGCUUCGAAGGGAGAGAAAAUGCAGCAGUCUGGAAAGUAGUGUUUGGGAUUAGCAACCUUGAUCAUCCAUCAGGUUUCAUGCAGACCCGACUAGUGAGGACCAUCAUCCUCCAYCCACGCUACAACAGAGCAGUCGUGGACUACGAUAUCAGCAUCGUGGAACUGGAUGAGGAUAUCAACGAGACCAGCUACGUGAGACCUGUCUGCUUGCCCAGCAAGGACCAGCUGGUUCAGCCAGACACCUACUGCUACAUCACAGGCUGGGGACACAUGGGCAACAAAAUGCCCUUCAAGCUUCAAGAAGGAGAGGUUCGCAUCAUUUCCUUAGAACAAUGCCAGUCAUAUUUUGACAUGAAAAUCAUCACCAGCAGAAUGCUGUGUGCUGGUUACGAAUCUGGCACCGUGGACUCUUGCAUGGGUGACAGUGGAGGACCACUUGUGUGCGAGCAUACUGCAGGACGCUGGACUUUGUUUGGUUUAACAUCUUGGGGCUCUGUCUGCUUUUCCAAGGUUUUGGGACCUGGAGUUUACAGUAACGUGUCACAUUUUAUUGAGUGGAUUGAACGACAAAUAUACAUCCACACCUUUCUGCUAAACUAACUCCAGAUGGUAAGAACUGUGCUGACAGACCAAAGAAAAAAAGGAAUCAGCACUUCAACACUGAAGGUUUUGCAGUCCAGAAACUCAGUGAAAAGGAGUUUCAAGCUCUAUCUAUUCUUGUUGUGGAGCUAUGGAAUAUGCAGUGUAUGUUACCGGCAAGCCCUCUGCUCAUGAAUAUACUUUGGAGUAGAAUUAAUAAUCCUUUUGACUUUUCUUUUAACUGUUUUGUGGUGCUAUUCCAAACACUGCAAAAAGCUUAAAAGAAAAGAAUCAACCACAUUCUGCCUUUCAGCUAUUAAAACUAAGCAGUAGCACAGACUAGGAAAACCUUUUUGAAUAACCUAUUUCAAUACUAUUUAAUUAGUAGCACAUGUAUUGUCACUCACUUCUUGUGAUGAUGAAGAAAUUUUGUGCAUUCGGAUGGCACUGCAGGACAUUCACAAGGACAACUCUUGACAGGACCACACCAMACACUGGAGGGUGGGGAAGAGGUUGGUGAGUUUGUACAUCCACCUGGCACAGGACACAUCAAAGCACAUGUGCAARUCUCCAAAGGUGUGUAGCCAAAUGCUCCUGGUGUGCCUGAGCUAAUGCAUUUUGUCCCUCAGGAUGGCUCAUUUGCAUGGGCAUAACCCUGUACCCUCCUGACUCCACAGCUUCUGUUCCCAGAGCCAGCAUGGGCAUCUCUGCGGGGCCACAGAGGAACCAGUAGGCCAACACACCCAUAACUACCACUGGAGGCACYUGAGACCAAAACUUUAUUGUUCAGACUCUGGGCAGCUUUUAUCAGUUAAAUUUCUGAAGCUUCCAGUGUCCUAAUGUGGCCAGGAAACACCCAUGUCUCAGCAGCACGGCACUGAUCAGUGCAUUUAUCAAACCUGUGCCCCACUGCCUUUUCUCCCUGCUUCAUAUAUUGUGUUCAGCAAACAAUGCAUGCACUGACCAUCUCCAGUGGUCAGUGAAACAUAAGAGGGUUGGCAACAUUCACUGCACAGUUUCCCCUCCUCAAUUCAGCUUGUUUGGACAUCUUACGAGAGACGGAAAAUGCAGAUUUAAAAUGCAAAAGAUGCAGUGUGGCCACUGCCCCACAUAUGGGGGAACUGGAUAAUUUUUAUAGGUCUCCUCUGGUACCUUGCAUAUAAAGUCUAAUUUUGACUAGCAAGAUAAAACAUUUGGAAAAAAAAAGAAAAAAGCUGAAAGAAAAUCUGAGUGAUAGAAGGCCUGGGAUUCCAGUUUCUGUUCAAAUGAGUAAUAGAAAUUUGAGAAGCCAAGUACAGUAGCCUUCACCAGCAAAGRCUCAAAGAGCCCAGCUCAGGUCUUUGUAGCCAGAUGUGGAAUGCUCUGUGCAGUAGUAAGAGACUAAGCCUUAACUCCAAGAGAGUCUGUCUGAAAAAGAUUAUGGAGUUUGGCACCUUUUUAUUGUGCUAGAGGGGAAGUGUGUCUUACCAGCUGCUGUAGGUGRUGUCCUGCACAGCAAUCAGCUUUUGGGAAGCCAGAACAGGAUGAGUCAGGAAUCUAAGGAUCACAGGAUAAAUUCCACUGGGRAAUGAUGAAUUUAAGAUUUGUGCUUUCAGUGCUGUGCCUAGUCCCCUGUGAACCAAAUGUAGCCUAAGGCACAUAUUUAGCCUCUCUGCUACCUCUGGCAUGGCCCCACAACAACAUGGCUGGGCCUUGUCAAUAGCAUGACUGCCAUAUGUGGAAACAUGCAUUACAAGACCUAACACAUGGACAUUUCAGGUACUAUUAAUCAUGUUGCAACUCAUCGACAUCAAUCUAUUGCUUUAAUGAAGGUUUAUCUCCAUAUCUUCUCCUUUAACAUUACUAACAUUAGAACAUUAGUCACACUAGACCACAAUGCAGACAUUAAUAAAUASUCGAUAUUUAUGUUAUGGAUUCUGAAACUAUUUAAGUGAUUAUUGAAUCACUGUUUCAUGCUUAGAAAGAAAACUCUUUGAGGUUUUGCUAGGUUUGAUUGGUUUUUUUUAUUAUUUUUAAUAUCUGAAGGGKUUUUUGUUUUACUAAAACACUUAAAUACUACUCUUCCCCCAGCUACAAAUGAGAGAAAGCAGCUGUGACCAUGUUUU